AUGACUUCAGCGAUGAGAAUAUUGUCAUAUAGUGUUGCAGCAAAUGCCGUUGAUGAUUACAUACGUAUCGGGGAAAGCACUGCAAUUCAAAGUUUACAACAAUUUUGUAAUUCAGUGAUUGAAAUCUUUGGAGUAGAAUAUCUGAGAUCUCCGACACCAACUGAUAUUGCUAGAUUACUUGCUAUUGGGGAGGUUCGGGGGUUUCCUGGUAUGUUGGGAAGUUUAGAUUGUAUGCAUUGGGAGUGGAAAAAUUGUCCAAAGGCAUGGCAAGGUCAAUAUGUAGGCCAUCAAAAAAAGUCAACCAUUAUUCUUGAAGCAAUAGCAUCUUAUGACUUAUGGAUUUGGCAUGCAUUUUUUGGAAUGCCUGGCUCACACAAUGACUUAAAUGUCUUGGACUGA